AUGUCAGCGGCUCUCAUCAACAGAUCGCUCACAAACGUGCGUACCGAACUCGAAUUUUUGUAUGACUCGGAGGUCAUCGACAAGCUGCUUUUUGACUCGCUCAUGCUGUCGCUUCCCAAGAAAUACGCUAAGGACAUGUCUCCCUGGGGCUUGGACAAGGUGCCCACCAAAGCAACUUUCGAUGCCACUUUCACAGACUCCAUUGCCGAAUCCUUGAAAAAGACGUUGUUGCGGGACGACUCGGACUCCUCUCCUCAGACCCCGGCACCCGUACCUUUGCCCGAAAGAACGCCCGCGCCUGUGCUUGGUUAUUGCCAGGCCUCGUAUGACUACGAGUCCAGCGAAAGCGGCGACUUGAAACUCGUGAAGGGCGACGUUCUAGCGGUCGUGGAGCACCUUUCUCUGGACUGGUGGAAGGGAUAUAAGAAGGGCAGUUCCCCUGCGCAGGCAGGCGUGUUUCCCUCGAACUACGUGACUCUGGUUGCGGAAAAAGACUUCCAUACGUCUGAGCCCAGCCCCUUGCCCAGCAAUAACGAGAAAGCUACUUAUACCCCGGAGAACAGUUCCUUUGCAGCAGCCCCGCCCAUGUACAAACCUGCCCCAAACACUGCCUACCAGCAGGGUUACCAAGCCCAGCCUUCGUAUGGCGGCCAAUUCCAACAACCCUCGUACGGUGGCCUUGUCCAGCAGCCUUCGUACGGUGAAAAUUCCCAGUUUCCGCCGCCAUCUACUAGCUAUAAUGGUCAGCAACAGGUACAGCAUGAGCAGCAGCUGCCACAGCAAAAUAAUAGUGGAAUCGACCCGAAACACGUGAAGAAAUUCGGCAGCAAGUUGGGCAAUGCUGCCAUUUUUGGUGCUGGCGCCACCAUUGGAAGUGGGAUCGUCAACCUGAUCUUUUAG